AUGUUUAUUAAUAUUAUUACAUUUAUUUAGGCUGUCACAAAUUAAAACACUGAGAAACAGAAUGCAUAUUCCAUGCAACACGCAAAAGCAAAUCCAAUAAGCGGCACCUAAAUAUGCAUUUUUCCCGUAACAAACUCUGAUUAUCAUUUUCUAUGAUCCAAAAUUUUCCCUUUGAUUUCAACCGAGUUUCUUCUUCUUACGUCCAAUUCAACAGAGUCUAACAACAACAACAAUAAUUCAUGCAGUUCAAAACGUGACGCUAAAUUCAAAAUUCUUUUCUCACAUUUUUCCCCUUGAAUUUUACAUGUAACAAGAAAACCGAAGAUAUAUCUCUAUUAUAGUAAUAAUCAUCAUCAACUUUGGUUGAUUUUGAAACCAUUAUGUGACUGUGUGAAUUUAGAAGAUUCUGAUUUUUUCCUUCUUUUUUUUUCUUUUCCCAUUUUUUCUUGGGAAAUUAAAGUGUAAGAAAAGAUGGGUGUAGAUUACUAUAGUAUAUUGAAGGUAGAAAGAAAUGCAACGGAAGAUGAUUUAAAGAAAGCAUACAGGAAAUUGGCAAUGAAAUGGCAUCCUGACAAGAACCCUAACAAUAAGAAAGAAGCUGAAGCCAAUUUCAAGCAAAUCUCUGAGGCUUAUGAGGUAUUGAGUGAUCCUCAAAAGAGGGUGAUUUAUGAUCAGCAAGGAGAGGAGGGUUUGAAACACAUGCCACCACCUGGGAAUGAACCAACAAAUGGAUUUAACCCAAGAAAUGCAGAGGAUAUCUUUGCAGAGUUCUUUGGAGACAACCCUUUUGGAUUUGGAUCAUCUGGACCUCAUGGAAGGUCCAGGUUCCAAACCGACGGAGGCGGAUCAUUCAGCGGAUUCCAUGCGCCGCUGAAGAAGCCGCCUCCUGUUGAGAGCAAGUUGGCAUGUAGUUUGGAAGAGUUGUACACUGGUUCCACAAGAAAAAUGAAGAUCUCAAGGAUUGUUAUGGAUGCUAAUGGGAGGCCAAACCCAGAAACAGAGAUAUUAACAAUUGACAUAAAGCCAGGUUGGAAAAAAGGAACAAAGAUCACAUUCCCAGACAAAGGUAACCAGCAUCCAAACCAGCUUCCAGCAGACCUUGUUUUUAUGGUUGAUGAGAAGCCACAUAAUUUAUUCAAGAGAGAUGGCAAUGACCUUAUUAUCACAAAAAAUGUGUCGCUGGCCGAGGCCAUCGGCGGCACUUCAGUGAACAUUACAACACUCGACCGGCGCGAAUUGUGCAUACCGGUGACUCAUAUCAUUAGCCCGGGUUACGAGUUGACUGUCCCAAAAGAAGGGAUGCCUAUAACAAAGGAGCCAGGACAUAGGGGUGACUUGAGGAUCAAGUUUGAGGUUAAGUUUCCCACAAAGUUGACACAAGAGCAAAGGGCAGGGCUCAGGAGAGCAUUGGGUGGUUGAAAUUGGAAUCAUUUGAGAAUUUGUAUUCUCUUCACACUCCUUUUGUUUCAAAUUUUGUGUCCAGAUACACUUGGUAUUCAUAUACAUCCAUUUUUCAAAGGAAAUGUGAUUGGUGAAUGUACAUAGAUCUUUUACCCUUUUGAAAAAUGGUUCAAGUU